AUGUCUGCAGAGUCUCAGUCCGCUCUUCUUCUCAGACGACAGCUAAAAGAGCUUGCCAAACAUCCAGUUGAGGGUUUUAGUGCAGGUCUUGCAGACGAUGCAAAUAUAUAUGAAUGGGAUGUAAUGAUUAUGGGUCCAGAAGGCACACCCUAUGAGGGUGGUUUCUUCAAGGCGCAUCUUUCGUUUCCCCAGAAUUACCCACAAAUGCCUCCUGAGAUGAAGUUUAUUAGCGAGAUGUGGCAUCCUAAUGUGUAUCCCAAUGGUGGUGUUUGUAUUUCGAUUCUUCACCCUCCUGGUGAUGACAAGUGGGGGUAUGAGCAGGCAGGCGAAAGAUGGUUACCCAUUCACACUGUUGAAACCAUUGUUCUUUCAGUAGUUAGUAUGCUUUCAAGCCCAAAUGACGAAUCACCCGCCAAUAUAGAAGCCGCUAAAGAAUGGCGAGAUAAUAAUAAGGAAUUCAAGAAGCGAUGCAGGGUUAUUGUUCGAAAAACUCACGAGGGAUAA